AUGGUUGAGGCUUCUCCUGAUGAAGUCAAAGAAGCUUUGAGAAGUUCGGGUUCCAAACCACCAGGAAAGUCCCGUACUGCCACUGCUGCCAAAGCCAAACCGACAGCCACACCCAAAGGGAAUCAAACCAGCCCUGCGGGUCCCAGUGUGGGGCCUACUAAUGAGAAGGAAACACCUAUGAAAGAGAACAAACGAUGUCCCAAAGGACCCCCACCGGAAGCUACACCUGAACACAAUGUUGCGCCAGUUGAGUUGAAACGACAGCGUGGAAAAGCAAAAGAUCCCAAUCCUGAUGCCCAGAUUGAAAGCUUGAAGAAGGCACAUCAGAACUACAUUGCAGGCGUCGUCAAGUUCUGCGAGAAAAAGGGCAACGAAAAGCUGGUGAGGAUGCUCGGAUGCUUUUUUCCUGCCGCCGUCUCUACCACUUAUACUUAUAGGAAGGACAAGUACAACAAGAAGAUCAACAAAUACUAUGUUGAGUACGAGGAGGAUGAUGAGUCGGCGGGCGAGGACAUCGAGAGAGAGAUCUGUGAAGAGGUUGAGGAAGGUGGCGCAGUUUCAAUUCCUCGCCUCCGGCAGAGAGCGCCAGUUGCGCACCUGCCGGACGUGCCGUCUGAAGAUUCUGAGUCAGACUCAGAGUCAGGCAAAGGUAAGAAGGGUGCUGACUUGGCAAAUGGGGGCCCCAAGGAGUUCAACAACUUGAAGAAGUUUGGUGACUCACUUCUGUCAAGAUCUUCCAAAGUAAGCGAUUUGAUCACCAAGUUGGAGACAGAGUUGGCUGCCAAAGAACUUGAUGAAAAAAGCUCAGAAUACAAACGUGAAAGAGCUCUACCCCAUGAAUCAGCUCGCAUUCUACGGCACUAUGCCAAACUGAUCGCCAAUGGCGUUGGGGCCCUGGUGGUGAUAGACCUUUGGGCCGCAUGCCAGCAUGUGGUGGAGCUUGCACAGGCGCAGGCUGCAGAGACCCCAUUAGCAUGCAGGGCUAUAAGAGACUUUGCAGGGAUCUCCCUAGCUCAUGCUGAAAGAGGAUGCCAUCGGGUAUUCAAAAAGUAUGGUUUCUCAGCGGCUGUCUAUGUCGAGAGGGUCAACUUAGGGCCACAAAAGUUGAAAGAGUUUCCCUACAUCAAGAUGAGCUCUUGGGUGCGCCUGUUGUUGGACAGCAAGAGGUUGCCAAGACAGUUGUGUGGAGUAGCAACAUGGGACCAAAUGAACGAAACCCUGACAGAAUUUUGGUCUCGUUUCCGAGAACUACAUCCCACGCAUGAGAUCUUCAACCGGGAGAAUGUAGAUCUAUCAUGUGCUGUGCCAGUGUUUUCGCACACAGAUGAGGGCCGCUCAUACAAACACCAACCACUUUGGGUGUUGUCAACUCAUGGGUGCCUAGGCCGUGGUACCAAAGAGUACGUUGACAAAGGGAAGCAUUUGGCACCAAUCAAAAGACGAGGUAUGGGUCUGAACUUUCUUGGGAACACCUGGUCCAACCAAUUUAUCUUCUGUACCAUGUUACGCGCAGUGACUGUAGAGUAUCCUGGCAGCAUGACCACACUUUUGGAGCUCUAUGCAGAGGACAUGGCUAUGCUAGCAGACCAAGGCAUGACAAACAGCCGUGGGGAUCGUCGUGUUUGGUUGGUCCAUGUGGCUACAAAGGGAGAUUUACCAGCCCUUUCCAAAUUGGGAGGUUUCAAACGCACCCAUUCUCAUGUUCCAAAAGCUGGAUCUUCAAAGAAAGCCUGCCGUGGCAUUUGCCACAUGUGCCUUGCGGGGAAGGAGUCAAGUGGACCUGGUGACCCUUUUUUUCCGUAUGAGGAUACAAGUGUUCAACCCAAGUGGGAGGAGACAGUGGAGGUGGAGGAUCCGUGGGACACAGUUCCUGCAAUUUUGAGGGGGCUACCGCUCUGCCCUGAGAAGAAGGCAUCGUUCUUUGUCACUGAUGUGUGGCACAAUCUGCACUUAGGUCUGGCGAAACAUUUCUUUGCAUCUUCAGUCAUUUGUGCAGCAAAGUCGGUCUUCGCCAUCAACACUGCUGUGAGCUUCAUGUACGGCCAGGGAUACUGGAUCAGAAGUGACCAAGCCAAAAAACUCAGCAUGUGGAUGUUUGCGUUUUUGCAGGGUUUCACAACCUGUGCUGAUAUUUGUUUGAGAGAAGGUUACCAGCGAUAUGCCUUAAUGCCCAAACUGCACUUUCUCCACCACUCCGCUUGGAGAUUGCUCCAAGAAUCAAGAAGGGGAAGGUUUGCUGUGAACCCACUUAGUGAAAGUGUACAGUGCCAGGAAGAUUUUAUCGGCCGCCCGAGCCGUUUGAGCAGGCGUGUUGAUGUUCGUUUGAUACACACUAGGGUCAUGGAGCGAGCUUUGAUUUGUGCACAAGAAGCUUUAGAAGUCUCAGAUGGUGAUCGACGAGGGUUGAUCCUCCCAAACUGA